AUGUCAUCUACAUCGAAACCAAGUCAACCUAUUCUUGUUCUAGGAUUCGGUGUCAUCGGAUUGACAUCUGCAAUACGGCUCUUACAGGCCGGAUACCAUGUCGUUGCCGUUGGAGCCCAUCAACCAGGAGAUCCGUUGACCGCCAUCUAUGCAUCAACUGCGGCAGGAGCACAUCAUCUCUCGUUCGCUGCCGAUGAUGAUCUUCGUCAACAAGCGCUUGAUAAGCGAACGUUCGAUGUUAUGUGGAAGGAAGAGGCGGAAGAGGGCGAUUCAAGCGCCUUGAUGAAGCUUCGGCAAGUCGAAUUUUAUGGGUCGGCAGGCGUGAAGCAUAUCAAGUUUUACGAGUCGAUGCCAGACUUCCGCAUCUAUUCUCAAGAUGAACUGAAGCCAUAUGCUAAACACAGCGUUUCGUUCACGUCCCUUACGAUGGACACCUCUCCGUACCUGGCUAAACUCGUCAAGAUCUUCCACAGUCUUGGAGGCACCGUCCAUCGUGCCAUGCUCGCUUCUCUCCGUGACGCGUUAGAGUUCACAAAGCCACAGACGCCCCUCGCCAUCAUCAAUUGCACAGGCCUAGGAUCGCUUAAGCUGGGUGAUGUGUUGGAUGAGGAGAUGUACUCCGUUCGUGGCCAAGUUAUCGUUCUUGACGCUCCCUGGAUCAAGGAGGGUCGUACAAAGCAGAUGGGUGAUCUCGCAGGCGGAGAAGGCGGAGAUCGGACUUAUAUCAUCCCCCGGCGUAGUGGGCAGGUCAUCAUUGGUGGGACGAGAGAGGCGGAUGAUUGGAAUUACGACCCUGGCCCAGAAACCUCAUUGGAUAUCAAAAAAAGGGCCCUGGAAAUAUAUCCUGAACUCGUCCCGUCUCAUCUGCGCGUGGAAGGUCGCGCUCCUGUACCCGAGGACCUUGACUCUAUUGUUAUCAGGGAGGUCGUUGGCUUCCGGCCAGCGCGGAGAAGUGGUCUUCGGUUAGAGAGAGGGAAAGAUUUAAAGCUUGAUGGUGCAUCUAUUCCUCUGUUUCAUAAUAUCGGGCAUUCUGGGGCGGGAUGGCAGGCAAGUUGGGGAUGUGCGGAGGAGAUUGUUAAAUUGGUGGAUCAGGCAACGUCAUGA